GGCUGUACCUACCUGCAUAACCACAUCCCUUUUUCUCCAUACCAGCCACGCGCUUGCUCGAAGAUCGACUAGCUCGAGCAAACCAACACACGGAGUAUGCCGUGAGUGACACUGUGUUUACCUCCUGACCGGCGAACGGACAGCACGUCUUCUUCAUCUAAUGCACACUAAACAUAGACGGGAUCCAUCUCGCCAGGACGCGAGGCCCGGUUUGGCGCGGGUGGGAUCAAUUAAAAUCUGCAGGUCGGCUGGGCCUAGUGUUGAUGGUGUUAUUGUCGCUGCCAUUGUUGUGAAAUCGCUUGGCCACGAUUGUCCCGGUCCUCAGGCCAACAACCGGGACCCGAACUCAUUGGAUGACUGCUCUGCCAAGUCGAAGGCCUGUGGAAGCGCCGUGGAAGCCCGCUUACUCUGCAGCUACGCUCGAUCCUUGUCAGAUUGUGCAGGAGAUGGUGUUACCGAUCAGCAUCGUUUGGAAACAUGGCCACUGGGAUGGAGGGGGGAUGCCGGAAUGUUUCGAUUGUUCUCUUACUUCUCGAAUCCUGCCCUCCCCCUUCCUGUCAUGGAAACUCUGUUUGAUAGCCGGGCCUUCCCGGAAGCGGCAGGGAUCUGCAGAACGUGGUCGCCGACUGCGUGACCGGGGAAAGACCUUCCCCCAGAUAGGCCGGCUAACUUACGUUGCUUCUGCUCCCGGUGCUCCCCUAGUGUGUCGCGCCCUUCCCCGCCCUGUGUGCUACGCCCUUACUAAUGGCCAUUGUGAUGGUCGUUUUGAUUUUUAUUAAUUAAAUCACUGGCCACAGAGCACGGAUAAAUCGAUUAAUU